CGUUAAUAGCUGGUGGGAAUGAAGUACACGCAAAAGUUUUUUUGUAGAGAAUGCGGGUGUGGGGAAGGAGAUAGUGGAUGUGCCGUUUGUGGUUGUUGUCGUAUAUGCGCCCAUGAAAAUAUCGAUAAUUCUGAAUUGGCAAUCCUUGGACCAAGUGGUGCAGCAGAUUUAUCUGGAAUGAUGAGACUCGACGUUAUUUUUCGAGAUAAAGUUAAGGAACUUCUACCUAGUCGACAAAAAGUCAAAAUGCAAGAUCCGAUAUAUCAGUUGCAGACUAGAACGGAUGAUAGAAAAAGUAGAGGUAGAAAAUCAAUUGCAGGACCAAGUCGUCAGAUUAUGCCGAAGUUGAAAUCAAUAAGAUCGUCCCCUGUUCUUAUGCCUAUUCCAAGUACACCAGUACAUCGAGCAAAUCCCACUGCAGCUGCCACAAGGCAAAAUAGUUUAACUGGUAAAGAUCAAACAGGAUCCGACAUUGAAAGGGACACAAACCGUAUAACAUCCCUUCCUCCAGCAAAAAUUCAGUUACCAUGUAACAGUCCCAUUAUUCAGAUAGCUUGCGGUUUGCAUCAUAGCGUUCUCUUGUUACAAAAUGGACAGGUUUAUAGCUUUGGAUCAAAUCAGUUUGGUCAGUUGGGAUGUGGAGAUAUCCUUACAAAAUCUAAUAUACAAUUAGUCAGGCUUCCGUGCAGUGCAGUCCAAAUUGCAGCAGGGAGCAACCACACUGUUGUUCUAACAGCAAAAGGGGAAGUUUACACUUUCGGCAAUUAUCAGAAGGGUCAACUAGGCAGAUUUCCACCACCCACUUCUCCCCAAGAUGUUAAUCAACCUGGUCAAAGCCACGCUUCCAGAUAUCGUGAUCUCAAAUGUCCAUGGUAUGCAAUACCAACACCUAUACCCAACAUAGGUUCCAGAUACGGUCGAAGAGCGACAUGGAUUGGCGCUUCAGGAGAUCAAACAUUUUUAAAAAUUGACGAGAGUCUCAUCAAUUCCGUCAGUUUAGCCAAAUCAACAGUUACGGCCAACAAAAGUUGCAUAGUUCUUCUCCCUAAUCAGCAUGAAAACGGCACAAACUUCAAAUGCCUUUUGAUCAAUAAAAGGGAAGGAAAUUGCAAUUCUUUCAAAGGAAAAGAACAAGUGGAUUUCUCUUACAAGGCUGUAUGCCUCGAUCCGAUUUAUAAUGUUGUGUGGUCUUUCUCAGCUGUAAAUAAUGAAAUUUCGUGCUAUAACAUUGUGGCAAGCGAAUUAUCAAACAAAAAAGUAAUUGAGACGCCAGAACAAAGAACAUUAGUGAAUACAAAGACGCAUUCAAAUAUAGAACGCUUCCUCGAUACUGAAACAUCAGAAUUCAACAUCAUGUCCAUUUUGAGCCCAGAAUUAGCUCUUCCAACCGUUUCCAACUGCCAUGUUACUCGAUUUCAAGCUGCUUUACAUCUUCUGUGUUGUCUCGAUACACUUUGCGUGGCCUAUGACCUCCAUAUGAGCGCCGUAAAAGAAGAAAUCGAUAAUAAGCACAUGAUUUCUGAAAAACAGUACAGCAGGGAUGAUUUUCAAACAGUGAACCGGUUUGAGAGUCAUGGAGGCGGUUGGGGAUAUUCUGGACAUAGUGUGGAAGCUAUACGCUUCAUGGCAGAUACUGACAUACUUUUGGGUGGUUUUGGUUUAUUUGGUGGUCGUGGUGAAUAUACCGCUAAAAUAAAGUUACUGGAUAUAGGGACGGAUGGAGGUGAACAUGAGGGAGAUGGGGAACUUCUGGCGGAAACCGAGGAGAUCCCGUACGAGUGUGGACCCAGGCAAAAGUAUCCUAUUAUGUUUGACGAACCUAUACCGUUACAGGCCCACCGAUGGUAUGUUGCAUGGUGUCGAAUAAGUGGACCAAGUAGCGACUGUGGAUCUUCUGGCCAAACAAUGGUAACAACAGAAGAUCAAGUGCUCUUUUACUUCAAAUCGUCGAAGAAGUCUAAUAAUGGCACUGAUGUAAAUGCCGGCCAAAUUCCUCAGCUUCUGUACAAAGUUAUUACACCUGAAACACAAUCUCCAAGCCGUCAAGUCGACUUAAUUGAACCAGCGCAUCUUCUGACCAAAGAAUUCUCUCGAUCAGUUACGAAAGAGUGCUUCCAAAGUUUACUUUCAUUGUUACAAUGGUCAUGGAACACUUUUAAAAUUGGAAUAUUGGAUGGUCAUAACUCCCAAUACACUUAUAAUGUUUUGGAAUUGGAAAGACUUGUUUAUAUCAGUCGAGCAAGUCUACGAUUACUCAGGAGUUAUAUAAAUGAAAUUUAUCCUUCUCAGAUUACUGGGAAGUUACAAACGGAAAAUGUGAAUCUUGCAGAAUGCAUAGGGGAAGUGAGAUCAUUUUUAAAGCAAAUACUUUCUGAUAAUCUUCCAGCUUUAAUACAAAGUCGUAAGUCGAGCAAAAUGAAAAACGUUAAAUACGGAAACACCUACCUAAAACUAAUGAACAGCAUUUUUGAUGAGUCUCAUAACACUUUUGUUGCUUGUUUUCAUGCUUUUUAUCCAACGCCGUAUUUGAAGUGGAAUUGCUUAUGCGAUUUAUUAAUAACAAUGAAUAAAGAAAAAGAUUAUUAUACGGCAACAAAAAACCAAAGGUUGUUGAGCGCAGUACUUUGCGCCCUUUGCAGUCCAAGUGUACGGCUCAGAAGUACUCUACCUUUGCUGUCGAACAUAUUUAAUAAAAGCGUUAGUCCAGAAAAUUCGUCAAUUCAAACUUUAACAUCAAGCGAUUAUCCUCACCAUUACCCACUUCUUGUAGAACAGAUGACAUACAAAUCUCAAAUUGAGUCAAGCAAUUUGGGUACAACUUGGACGUGGAAAGAUGUCUUGGAUCAAUUGCUCAAAUUGGUAGGAGAACCCAUUUCACAAUCUCUUUUAGGACAUAGGAAUACUUCUAUCCAAAGUCUCACGCGAAAUUGUUGUCACUUCCUGGCAAGAGUUGUAGCUGAAUUGGUUUAUCAAACAAAUUCAAACGAGGAAAAUCUUCAAAAUGCUUGUGGACGUAUAUUACAUACUACUCCAUCGCGCUUCACAAGAACGAACCAGUCCAGAACAUGGAACACUGGAAAUGGUUCUCCUGAUGCUAUAUGUUUUCAAGUUGAUGUUCCUGGUAUAUCCAUAGCGGGGGUUGCAAUUUAUGGUGGAGCUGGCCACUAUGAAUAUGAAUUAGAGCUUCUGGAGGAUCAAAGCUCGUUUAACGGAUUGGAGAGUCACGCUCAUACCCAGCGCUGGAACAGUUUGGAAACUGUUAGAGGUUCCUUUGGGCCAGAGGAUUUUCUUUCUGACAUCGCUGAAAUAAAGUUUGAGAGACCUGUUCCAAUUAAAGAAAACGUAAAAUACGCUAUACGCCUACGCAACCACGGCGGAAGAACAAAUAAUGGAGAUGGAGGGUUGAAUUCUGUUAAGGGAUCAGAUAAUACUGUAUUUACUUUUUCAACUUGUUCAUUAAGUUUUAAUGGUACCACAGUAGCACGCGGACAGAUUCCUAUAAUAUUAUAUUACAGCAAUCCUGUUGAAUGUACAAAACUAUCGAGCACAUCUUUAGAUCAACAGGCUCGUUGGGAAGCAUUAAACAUAGCAACAAUGGUGUGCCAAACUUCUUGCAAACUUCUAACUUUGGCCAGGGAAAAAGCUGAUGAAGUACCAUCACCAGAAAUUUUGAGCACAGCCUACGUCGUUACGAUUCUACUGCCUCUCAUGUUCUCUCAUAUUAGUCCACUAAUUACUACAGAUCCAAGGAGUGCAGUUCAUUUGUUAAAUUUGGUACAAGAGAUGCUGCCACAUGUGGCUGCUCUGAAUCUUCUAUCAACUUCAUCGGUACAAAACUCGAAAUUAGUUGCCUCAAAUGGAUCCAUCAGUCAAGGGGAAGCCAGUGAUAGCUUACAAUGUACCACAAGCCAUUUUUACAGUUGGAUCCAAAGCGACCAUCCUUAUAAGCCCGCUACCGUUUCAAAUUAUCGAGUUGUUUUUCCGGAGUCGGUGAAAUGGAUGUUGCUAGAAUUUGAUCCUUCUUGUUCUACAGCACAGCCUGAAGAUUCACUGCAGUUGUAUAUUCCAAGUUUGGAAUGCGGUAGUGAUGUUUACAAUUGUUCAAAAUUGUGUGAUUUAUUGGAGGAUUCUGAACAGCCGCUCCCAUAUUGGCCUGUUUUACAUAAAUUUACUAGCUGUAACCAAUGGCCCCAAUCAGCGGUAGUGUUACCGGGACAUGAGGUGAUAUUUUCAUUGGAAACCGCUUCAGAUUAUCUGAAGGAUGAUAGAGCGAGUUUUUACGGUUUUAAAUGCCUUGCUGUCGGUUACGAAUGGCCUUAUCCGGGUUUUAAUUGUCCUACGUUUGGUCUCAAACAAUUAGAAGCUGAACUGGCUUUCGUUGGUGGAAUGUGCACUGCUAAUCUUAUGAAAAAGGAACUACAACUACCAACAAAUGGAUCCGACGAAAAUGAAAUAGACAUCGAAAUGGCAGAAAUGGUGGCAGCUCACACCCUAACCAUGCAUAGUUCGCUUCUUUCCAAAGGUUUCGCCCUAAAUAGUGUACCUUCAGUGACACAAGCUCUCGAUGGUGCUCUUCCUUUCAGUUUUCAUUCAAACGAACGUCUCUUUUUACGCGAUUUCGUCAACUGCACAGCUGGAACUAGCGGAGGUCGUCUAGCACAAUGGCUUCAACCUGGAAGUAGAAUUGAUCCGGUCAAAUGCCAAGUACUGUACUCUAAAGACGAUUUUAGGUAUGGUUGGCCUGCAAUCGUUACCGUUCUUACAAGAGAUCAAUAUUCUGAUCUUGUUCAUGUACCUAACAUGAAGGUCGAAAUAAAAGCUAUUCCAAUUGAUAAAAAGGAAUUUGGUGAGUGCGAUUCGGGUCGUAAAAUAAGAAGAAUAAGUCAACCGGAUCCUAUGACGUUUGGCGGUUAUCCGCCACCUCCGCUCCAUCAUUCUUACGAACCUACAAUUCGAGACAAGAUGUGCUUCCACUCCAUAACGGUCAUGAAGCCGUACCAGAACUACUCGUUUGAAGAGCUGAGAUUCACUUCUCCGCCAGUGAAAAGAUCGAGCGAGAACAUGUUGGUCAGACCAAACGGUGAUGGAACCUACAGUGCAACGUGGACUCCAUCGUCUGUAGGUUGUUAUUCCAUAGUGGUCACUAUUGAUGGAUAUGAAAUGGAAGAGUCAUUUAAAGUAGAAGUUAAGGAACCUCCACAAGGAAUGACACCUCCCAGUCAAAAUCUAUCCAAGAAACCCAUACAUCAACCUAGCAGACUUCGAAAAUUUGUAGCCAAGAAUUCCGCAGGGCUUCGAAUUAGAGCUCAUCCGUCCCUACAGAGUGAACAAAUUGGAAUUGUACAUGUCAACGGUACCAUUGCGUUUGUAGAAGAGAUUCACAACGAUGACGGAGUGUGGCUCCGAUUAUCUCCAGAAACGAUCAAACAAUACUGCAACACAACCGCUAUUGAAGCAUGGUGUCUCCAAUACAAUCAGCAUUUAGGUAAAACUCUUCUUUUACCAGUCGAAGAACCUAAAACGAUCUUAGAUCAAGUGAUUACCGAAACGAUUAUGAGAAAACUGCCUGAAAUUCAUGACAGACGAAAAACAACUUCUACGUUUGGUGGCGCCUAUCAGGUCAUUAAAUGUGGCGCAUCAGGUCACAACGUUCGCUCCCGACCUAGUCUAAAAGCACCUCCUGUCGGAAUGUUAGUUCUAGGAAACAGGGUGGGCAUAACUCAGUGUAUUGUAAACUCAGAUGGAUGUUGGAUUCAACUUGAUCUAGCAACCAAAGAAAAAUACUGCUUUAACACUGAUAGCGAAGCCUGGUCUCUUGCAAUGGGUCAUAAUAAUUCCGUAUAUAUCGGUCUGUUAAAUGAAAGCGACAAAGACCUCAACCCUCAAAUAUCGAUCAAUAUAGAAAGCGAACAAACUAAAACAGUUAAAAAAGGUUUUGACUUUUCGCACAGUUCUUCGCCAAAUCCUCCUGAUCCUCAUUUUGCUUUCGGUGCAAAGAUGCAAUUUCAGCCAUCUUCUAGUGGAAGUACAGAAGGUUUCAACCCUUUCGUUUUUGGUGAUCCGACUCUGUCACAUUCUCCAAAAGUGCAGAGACGUGAUAAAUCAAAAGAUGCUAAACUAAGUGGAGUUCCCAAAUGGAUUAAAGAUGAAAAUUUGAAAAGUGACCCAAAAUCGCUAUAUGAAUAUAAAACUAAUGGAAAUGGUGCUACACCACCAGAAACCCCAAAAAGAAGCAGUCCAACUCCAAUACCGCAGCCUUCGAAACAAUUGAGUAGAAGCUCUAGUCCUAUAGCAGUCCCAGGCGGUCGUCAUGUUGCUGAAGCUAGCAAUAGUCCUCAAGCAGGUUCUCCGAAAAGUGUGGGAAUAUCCCCUAUAGAAGAAUUUACAGUGUCGAGUGUAGGAGGAGCGACGUUUGUAAGAAGAGGCUCCAACCAAUCUGAUACAAGCGCUUUGGUAAGCAGUCUUACCAGAGACAUAUCACAGUCCCCCAAUCAAGUAACACAUAUGAAUGACUUUACACCAAGUCCAAGCGGAAGUUCAAUUCAAACGCGAUCUGAAACUAGUCCACCUCAAACACCCCCAAAAAACACAACUGAUUCCGAACAGAGUCCAAGAAAGCUGACUCAAACUGGAACUCAAACAUCUCCUGAGAAUGCCUCUGGCACGCAACUGAAGGGUCAUUUUUCAAUUGGCACUGCCCCAAAAGAUGAACGAAUAUCUCCAAAAAUGAUGCGUAAAGAUCGAAUUAGCAACAAAACAAGACCUAAAAGAGCAAUUUCGCCAGCAACUGUACAAUCCUAUGUCUCACCGAACAUCACAUACCCAAAAAAUGAAACGGUUAAGCAAGCAAUUAGUCCUUCAGUUGCUGAAUCAUUAAGAGCAGUUUUCGCCGCAUUUUUAUGGCAUGAAGGUAUUGUCCAUGACGCUAUGGCUUGUGCAUCUUUCCUGAAGUUUCAUCCAGGAUUACCUAAACAAGGAGCUUUAGUGGUAACAAGACAUGGACAACCAGAGCAAGCGGUAGACAAGCGUCGGCAAGAAUUGUCCAAAGAAGAAAGAGCUCGCCAAAGACAUUCAGUAGAAGUAAGCGCUGGAACUUAUCUACAUAUCCAACCAUCUACUUUAGAAACCCUUACAAGAUCUGCGGCCAAUGCAAAUGCAAACAGGAGUAGAAAUAGAAAACAUCCAGAAGGAAUUAUAAAAGAGGAAACAGGGGCGGAAGGAACUUAUGGAUAUCAAACUGUUUCUGUUUUACCUCCUGCUUUGAAAUCUCUUGUUUAUUUAUGGGACGAAUUAACUACAAACUGCUUAACCACAAUGACUCAGCAAAUGGCAGCAAUGAGCCCUACUAAAUCUAGAAUUAAAAAAUCGGAAAAGAUGAUUCUAGUUAAACCGGAACAAAAGGAAAGGGAUUCAAAGGAAAAGAACAUAUUGAUGGAAAAGGAUAAUAAGAAAAUGAGAAAAAAGAAAAUUGUUCAAAGAAAUUUCCUUGGUUCAGAUGAUGCUGGACAGGGUUCUAUUGGAAAUGGAGCCAACGAGAGGGAUGCAUACUGUGAACUUUGCGGAGAGUCUUUUGUUCAUCCAGUUACGUUCCACAUGAAGCAAAGUCAUCCUGGAUGUGGACAGUCUGCAGGUGGUAAAGGUUAUAAUUCUAGUGGAAAUUUUUGUUUGGGUUGGGCUGGAAAUUGUGGUGAAGGUGGCAUUCUUGGUGGCCACAUGGAACCUCAUAUUGUGAUGAAAAAUAACGCCAUGUUCUUGCUAGAUUUAGCAUGUUCAGCCAACACAGCUAUGUCACAUCAGCGACGUCCUUCAACGAGUGCAAUGCCAUCCUUAUCAGAAAAUAGCUCUCCACCUGAUCUCAGUGGGCCCUUUGGUCCUGUUCCUCCAUUUCAAUGUUUGCAAACUUUAGGAGCAAAUGAGCCUCGUGAAGAGCCGAUAAUUUAUGAUGAAGAAAUACAAAGAAGAAACAUCCAGGAAGGGUUUCAAUUGAGCCCAAAUGGAAAGAGACCGUUAUCAGAAGUCUCGUUACCAGACAACGAGAGUGAUGGUAUAAGAGGUCAGAGGUUUCACAGAUCAGUUUCCAUGGGGACGAAUGGGGCACCAUGGUCAAAAACUGGUUUAGACGGUAGGAUUAUCAUGAUGAGGAAACGUAACAGUAGUAAUAUUGAGUCAUUAAACGAGGGUGGUACUUCUCUUCUGUGUAAUCCUUCUCCUGCAUUACAAAAACUGGUUCCAAAAAUGGACGGCUCGUCGAUCAUUACUAAAUGCCAACCUAGUGAUUCAUUGAACUCACAAGACCAGUAUGGAAAGCAAUUAAUGGAUAGGCCUGUAAUGGUUUUCAUUCUUGAACAGCACGAUCUUGAUUCUUUGCAACUUGCUAUGAAACAAGCUUUAAGGAAAGCAAUGUGUCGGGUACAUGCAAUGCAAGCUUUAAAUUGGUUAUUAAGAUCCGUUACUCAACCGGUCUGUCUUCAUGAUUUAUUGUGGUGGUUUGUCACCUCUUUGACUCCGUUGGAAACGGAUAUGGAUGCAGAUGAUGAUAACAAGCCCCAAAAGAAAUCUGAAGAACAAGAGACUAAUGUAUGCGAACAUCCACUUUCCGAUAUUUCAAUAGCUGGAGAAGCUGUUCACCCUUUGCCUUCUACGUUUCAUGCUUUACUACAGACUAUUGCAGACUUGAUGGUACUCUUACCAAUGGGUUCUGCACUACAGCAAAUGGCUGUGAAAUGUUGGGGCAUCAGAUUCUCGCAAAACGAUCAUAGCUUUCUUCAUCGGUCACAAGUUUUCAGUAAUAUUAGUAAAAUUUUGUCCAGAAGUGAAGAAUUGGAAGACUGCACGGUAUCUAUGCAAGACAGUCAUCAAAAUCCUUGCAACCAAAACUCUUGUUUCGUGGAAUGUCUUAAAGACAUUACCUCAUUUAUCGAAAUAAAAGCAUCAAGUCGCCAAGCAAUGGUUGGUAGUCUAACUGAUGGAUCCACGGAAACUUUUUGGGAAUCUGGAGAUGAAGACAGAAAUAAAACUAAAUGGCUUGUUGUUUCCUGUGCUCAAAAUUAUCAUCCGAAAAUUAUUUGUGUUCAUAUUGACAACUGCCGCGAUCUUGCAAACAAAGUUUCAAAUAUAAUAUUUUACUCUGGAACAAAUUCCAAUGAACUGGUCAAGUUACGGAUUGUAGAAGUUGAAAACAGACUUUUGGGUGGUUGGGUUAAUUGUCCAAUUUUAGAUAAUCGACAUUCUGUAAUACGAAUAGAGCUAAAAGGACCUGAUAAUUCAGUGAGAAUUCGUCAAAUUAGGGUACUUGGGGAAAUAGCAGGGGAGUCUCUUAAAAUUGGAAAACAGCUUAAUGCAUCAACCAUUCAACAAAAGAAUUGCGAAGCUGAAACACUGAGGGUUUUCCGCUUAAUAACGUCUCAAGUUUUUGGUAAACUUAUAACAGGUGAUAGAGGCGAUGGCCAUGCAAACAAUUUGGACAGUGGAUCUGCUUCCAUUAGUGAGUUGUUGGAACCUUUAGAAGAAAGUAAUGAACUGAGGGAACAUAUGGUGGGAAUAUUAUUUAGCAGGAGUAAACUCACACAUCUUCAAAAACAGGUAAUAGUACAUAUUGUACAAGCAAUUCGUAAGGAAACGGUGAGGGUUCGAGAAGAAUGGGAAUCGGUUUUAAGUUCCUCUGGUGUUGGAUCCUGCAGUUCUGGUCAAAGUUUAGAUGCAACUAAAAAUUCGGAUACUUACUGUUUUGAAAUGCUUUCAAUGGUACUUGCGUUAUCAGGAAGUUCCGUUGGAAGGGCUUAUCUAUCGCAUCAAGGAGGUCUGUUAGGAGAUCUACUGAGUUUAUUACAUACAGGAAGUGCUCGUGUCCAAAGACAAGUUACUGCACUUCUGAGAAGAAUGCUUCCUGAUAUAACACCUGAAUUUUUUGCAAAAGUUGUAGGAGUUCAUCAUCUUCCAGCUAAAGAUUUUGGAAUUAUUACCACAUCAUCCAAAGGAUCCAAUGGUGACAACUUUAAUGUACACAGAAUUGGAAUUCUAGACGUCUUUUUGAGCAUUAUUGCUAAAGCAUUAACGGUACAAGUAAAAAUGAAAAGUAAAUCAGGUGAUGGAGGACCUGCCAAAGAAAUAAGCACAAUCACAUUAGCCACAUCGAUGCAAUCAAAAGAGCAUGUUGGCUCCAGAUGGUGGAUGCGUGGAACAGCAAAUAGAAAGCAUGCUGAAGUUAUUGUGGGACUUUUAAGAGAAAUGUCUUUGGGGAAGCUUUCGGAAACCUGGGCUAAUGUUACUAAAAGUGCAAUAGCAGAAAAUAUUUUAAACUUGACUCAAUUAAGUGAAGAACAGAGGGUACCAACGACGUGUAUUCACACGCCAACUUUAUGGAUUGCCCUUGCUUCUCUUUGUGUUUUGGACAAAGACCAUGUUGAACGUUUGUCUUCAGGUCAGUGGAGGAAUGCUAGUGGUCAACCUGCACCUCCACGUCCUACAUGUACCAACCAUGAUGAUGGAGAAACUAAUGCUGUUGUUCAAUGUAACAUUUGUGGAAAUUUGUGUGCCGAUUGUGACAGAUUUUUGCACUUACACAGAAAAACCAGAUCACACUUGAGACAGGUUUGCAAGGAAGAGGAAGAAGCUAUAAAAGUUGAACUCCAUGAAGGAUGUGGAAGAACAAAACUUUAUUGGCUGUUAGCAGUAGCUGAUGCAAGUACUUUGAAAGCAUUGAUUGAAUUCCGAGAUGGAGGAGCAAGACCAAAAGGAGCUGCAACUAGCGGCAUUUGUCGAUUUUGUGGAACUACCGGAAAUUCUGGGCUUUUAGCGAUUGGAAAUGUCUGCGCUGAUCAUGAAUGCCAGGAGUAUGCCAAGACUGCUUGUGCUAAACUGUUAAGUUGUGGUCACUUAUGCGGUGGAGUUUUAGGAGAAACAAGUUGUUUAUCAUGUUUACAUGGAUGUUCAUCAGAUCCUACGUUGAAACAAGAUGCGGAUGACAUGUGCAUGAUCUGCUUUACGGAAGCGUUAUCUUGUGCACCAGCCAUUCAGCUGAAAUGUGGUCAUGUAUUCCAUCUUCACUGCUGCAGAGAAACGUUGAUAAAAAGAUGGCCGGGACCCAGAAUAACAUUUUCCUUUUCUCUGUGUCCUAUUUGUAAAGAAAACAUUAACCAUCCAAUGUUGGCGGAUCUUCUCGGGCCGAUUCAGGAAUUAUACAAAGACGUUAAAAGGAAGGCCCUUAUGAGGUUAGAAUAUGAGGGUUUACACACAGUGGAUGCCAUUACGACUCCUGGAACAAGGUAUUACGAUGAUCCGGCUGCUUAUGCCAUGGACAGAUACGCGUACUACGUUUGUUUUAAAUGCAACAAGGCGUACUAUGGUGGCGAAGCUCGUUGUGAUGCGGAAGUAGGGGAAAAUUACAAUCCAGCCGAGUUGGUUUGUGGAGGUUGUUCGGACGUGGCAAGAGCACAAAUGUGUCAUAAACAUGGAACCGACUUUCUGGAAUACAAAUGUAGAUAUUGCUGCUCAGUGGCUGUCUUCUUUUGUUUUGGAACAACCCAUUUUUGCAAUCCAUGUCACGAUGACUUCCAAAGGGUUACCAAUUUACCCAAGCACGAACUUCCAAGUUGUCCAGCAGGUCCUAAAGCAAAACAACUAGAAGGCGAUGAGUGUCCUCUUCACGUAAGCCAUCCCUCCACAGGGGAGGAAUUCGCUUUAGGGUGCGGUGUAUGUCGCAAUGCCCACACAUUCUAAAUUAAAAAAUGUUACGUAGAAGUCAAAGCGAUGUAACUGAAUAUGUGAAAAAUUUGAAGUACAAGAUAGGACAAAGGAUUUCGCUGUUCCCAGAAAGCUACAGACCAAAGCUCGCGUCAUCGGUUAGAGCAAUCGACCAGUACAACAGC